AAAAAUAACUAGACAGUCGUGUUUGCGGCAAAACAACCAGCGAAGUUGAAAAGUAAAAAAUAUCUUUCUUUUAAAGUUUCGUUCUUUUUUCACUGCCGCAUUUGUCGUAUUUGAAGAAGGAAGGCUUUUAUUAGGCUACAAAAAGUACAGGUAACGUUACAAUACCAGUAGGCUACAGUAGCCUAGAGACAACUACGGAUCAUUUUCAUGAGGGAUGAUCAUCUUUGAAGCAUCAAGAAGUAACCAUGGCAACCACUGAUGCGAGUGGAGCCAGAAAUGAAUCAGGUGUCAAGAUGAUGACUGUGGAUGAAACAAGCGAAACUCCCAGCAUUCUUGGCACAACAACUCACUUGGAAGAAAUCCAUGAUUCCUCUAUCGAAGCCUGUGACACAUCCGAGCAGAUUAACGUGGAGACAGUUGCCAAGGAUGUACCAGAGGUCAAAGGUCACAGAGACGAUGAAAGUAACGUAGAACAAGAGGAGACAGUCGGCUGCAUUAAGGAGCAGAUUUCUCCCGCACAAAAUCAAGGAGUCGUCGAGAUACCAGACCAUAAGAAUGGAUCAGAUGAUCACGCAGACCCGAGUCAGACUUUGGAGAUGGAGAGUGAAUGCGUUGCCAUGGAAACAAGGUUAGAGGAUGAUGAGAUGAAGCAGAAUGAGAACGAAACGGGGAAAACAACAACCGAUGAAUUUCCUGAACAGACAGUUGCUACUGAUGAAGCAUAUUCCUCCUACAGUCCCGAUUAUCGGCAAGUCCCAUAUCAACUCACAGGAGCGUGGCAGGAUUUUCAACACACUCCAGAAAACUUCCUGAAAGGCUGCAAAUGGUCUCCAGAUGGAUUGUGUGUGUUGACCAACAGCGACGACAGUCGGCUGCGUCUCUUUAAUCUCCCUCAAGAAGUGUACUCCUCCCACUGGCAAGAUGAACCAAUCCCGGAGAUGACAUCCGUGCUGAAUAUUCAUGAGGGUGAACUCAUCUAUGAUUAUGCAUGGUUUCCUCCAAUGAGGUCUGACCAACCAGAGACAUGCUGUUUUGCAAGUACCUGUCGAGAUCAUCCAAUCCAUUUAUGGGACGCGUUCACCGGUGAGCUCCGCUGCACAUUCAAGCCUCACAACCACCUGGACGAGCUGGCCACAGCGCACUCCUUGGCUUUCUCGGCCGAUGGUAGCAAACUUUACUGCGGCUUCAAUAAAAUGAUCCGAGUGUUUGACACGGAGAGACCAGGGAAUACAUGCCAAGACCGACCAACAAAAGAUAAAAAAUCUGGUCAAUCAGGGAUAAUCUCCUGUUUCGCGGUUAAUUCCGAAGGACUCUAUGCUGCUGGAUCGUACUCCAAAUCAAUUGGUCUAUACACAGAGCCCAGUGGAUCCAUGGUAUGCAUGGUGCAGGGCCAGGUGGGAGGAGUUACACAUCUUAUGUUCUCCCCUGAUGGUAACAGGUUGUACAGCGGAGGCAGAAAGGACCCUGAGAUCGUUUGCUGGGAUAUGCGGAAUCCAGGCAGGGUUCUCUUCAGCUUAAUCCGAGACGUUUCCACUAACCAGAGGAUGUACUUUGACUUGGAUAGCACUGGUCAGUACCUUGUGUCCGGCAAUCAGGAUGGAACGGUCAGUGUAUGGGACACGACACAACCACCGGUGAUCCAGGGGUCAAAUGGUGAGAGUAUUAUUGACCCCAUACUACGCUUCAAAGCACAUAGUGACGCGGUCAAUGGAGUCAGCUUGAAUCCAACUAUGCCUAUCAUGGCGACAGCGUCUGGUCAACGCAAGUUUCCUGUUCCCAUGGCAACAGGGGACAGCGAUGAGGAGGAGGAGGCAGCCAUGGUGGAGGAACUGGGGGAGGAAAACUCGUUAAGACUUUGGUAUCUGAUGCCAGCGAGUUGACGCUACUUCAGAAAUGCAUCGACAAAUCAAGACUCAAGACUUUUCUUUCUUGGACUUUUCUUUAUAUUUAUCCUCAAAAUUCAGCGAAUGGAAAUCAUGCUACCUUUACUAAGGUAGCAAACGAAAACAAAUCACAUAGGGAUGUGUGUAAUUUUUUUUUUCUGUUUGCCGAAAGAA